AUGGAUGAAAAAGGAGAACCCAGUCAUGUACCAUCACCAAUUGCGGCUUACACACCUCCCGCAGGAGACCACGGUGUAACGACACCACUAUCUCAUCCACCUCCACCUCCACCACCGAGCAAUCAGCCUCCUCAGCACCCAAUCGUGCCUACAUUCUUUGGGGAGAUCGCGGGCACAGAUGGUCAAGCCUACAUGUCCUUGCGAAAACGCGUGACGGAUGCUUACCGUUGGCACACCUACCAGUACUGGUUUGUCGCGGUGACGUCGAACUCGCUCCUUUUCCUCCAGAUCCUCGUUGCAGCUUCUCUGACUGUUCUGGGCGCCUUUAACGACAGAAGGGCUCGGACGGCGACCAUCUUCCUCGGCGCCACCAACACCGUGAUUGCAGGCCUCAUGACCUACUUCAAGAGUCGCAACCAGCCGAAUCGCGCCCGUCAAUUCCGCAACGAUCUGGCAAAGAUCGUGGACCAGCUGGACGAUGCGGAAGCGAACUUCCGGAAUCCCAACGUCCACGACGACGUGUAUACGGUCAUGGAACAGAUUAGGCAGGCUUACAGCCGAGCACGAACUGACGCCGAAAUCAACUAUCCAGACCUUUGGGUCAGAGGCGCGACUCCUGGCGAUACGAACUCAGAUACCACGACGGGAGGGUCCACGAAUCCGCAACCAAGAGCCCCAGCUCCACCUUCAGCAACACAUCCACCACCUCGACCGCGUCCAGGAACGACAGGCCACCCUACGUCGGGCUUGGCCCCUACAGGACCAACACCUGAGUCAACAGUAAGAACGGUAUGA